AUGUUUCCCAUAUUUGUAGAUGGAGAAGGUUAUAAUUCUUUUAGGCGUCAUUUUAGUAUAACUCUUACAACUUUUCGUACUAUUGUGACUCGAUUAGAAAUCCAUCAAGCCUUUACCCUAGACGCCUCUAAUGCAACACCUGCAUUAAAACAAAUUGCCAUUGUAUUAUGGCGCAAAUGGAACUGGAAUACCACUCGGAAUAAGCCAAGUAAUUUUACUGAUCGAUUUUUAGAAGCAAUAUUAGAUUUAGAACAAGGACGAAUUAUAUGGCCUCGAGGAUCACAACCUAAAAUUGAAGGGUUCUGGACUGAUGUUUUCCCAUAUUUAGUAGAUGGAGAAGGUUAUAAUUCUUUUAGGCGUCACUUUAGUAUAACUCUUACAACUUUUCGUACUAUUGUGACUCGAUUAGAAACCCAUCAAGCCUUUACCCUAGACCUGCAUGGAAACAAAUUGCCAUUGUAUUAUGACGAUUAG